AUGCCCAGGCUUUCCCAAGACAACCAAGAAUGCAUUCAGAAAUAUUUCUCCAGGCCAUCCAUGUGGAAGCAAUUUCUGCCCCUGCCUAGGGCUGAAGGAUAUAAUGCAAAUAUUCACCAAACCGCAGAAAACGAAGAGGGCACCAAGGCUGUGUAUGACAUAAAGAGCUUUCCCCCUGCAGAGCUCCCAGACUCGCCCGCAGCCCCGAAGCUGCUCAGCCUCCUUUCUAGCACGCUCUCCGGCCUCGCGCGGUUCUUCUCUCACCUUCUCGGAAGACUCCCUCCUGAAGCUCCCCAGCGGUGCGCGGACUUCUCCCUCCUGCCUCCCGCCCUGCUAGCUGCUGGACUCUCGCGGGAGGCACGAGAAGCUUCCGGACCCCUCUCGCUCGAUCUCGGCGCAGUUCUGACACUGCCUGGCCGACCCCCAGGGGGAUGUUUGCCUAGAGAAGAGGCCAGCGCCAGGCAGCGCUCGUCCAUGCUCGAGAUGGGAUCAGAACGAAUGGAGAUGCGGAAGCGGCAGACGUCAGCAGCCCAGGAGACAUCAGACUCCCUCCCAGGCCAGCACGGAGUGGGCAACCGUGGAUCUAAUGCUUGUUGCUUCUGCUGGUGCUGCUGUUGUAGCUGUUCUUGUCUCACUGUUAGAAACCAAGAAGAGAGACCCAGGGGGGCUUCCCACGAACUCAGAAGAGAGGACUUCCCAACCUGUGAAGAAAGCCCAACUCCUACUCUAGAAGAAGUCAAUGCCUGGGCGCAGUCAUUCGACAAGUUAAUGCUCACUCCAGCAGGAAGGAAUGCUUUCCGUGAAUUCCUCCGAACAGAAUUCAGUGAAGAAAAUAUGCUUUUCUGGAUGGCGUGUGAGGAACUGAAAAAGGAAGUUAAUAAAGACAUUAUUGAGGAGAAAGCAAGGAUAAUAUAUGAAGAAUACAUUUCUAUUCUUUCUCCUAAAGAGGUCAGCUUAGACUCCCGAGUAAGAGAAGUCAUCAAUAGAAACAUGGUGGAACCAUCCCAACACAUAUUUGAUGACGCACAACUUCAGAUUUACACCUUAAUGCACAGAGACUCAUAUCCCCGAUUCAUGAACUCUACUGUCUAUAAAGAUUUGCUCCAGUCCUUAUCUGAGAAAUCAGUUGAAGCAUAGGAUGUCGUCAAAUAUAUUUAUUAUUAAUAAAAUAAUGAAAGAACUCAUGGACCACAUCUAGUAGAGGGAAUUUAGGGGUAGUAGUGUCUUCCGCUAGAGUAAUCCUUGGCCUAUUUUAAUAAUAAAUGCUUCCUUCUACAGAAGGCUAUAUAUUCACAAUAUAAAUUGCAGCUACUUUUAGUGAUACUUUUGAAAAAAUGGGGUAUGGCUGUCUUAGAAAACUAGUAUGUUUACAUUUAUAAUAACAGCAGCAUGUUCUCGAUGGCAAAGGAUAUACUAGAAGACUCCAUACUGCCUACAUCCACUGGAGCCAACAGGACUGCUUUUGUUUUGCCUGAGUUCAGUACCUAUUACUCUUCUCCCAAAGAAAAGACAUUCAAGUGUUUCUCAGCUACUUCUUUCUUCCUUCAAGCUCAGUUUUGAAUAUUUCACUUAUCAGUGCCAUUACAGGACCCAGAUUCCCAUUUUAUAAAGAUGUGACCACUACUUGUAAACAUGGUGUUCCACUUUAUCUUAGAAUGUGUAUGUAGAUACAUAUAUGUGCAUGUGUAUCUGUACGUGGUUAGUGUGAACACUGUGCUCUGAAGUGGAUCCGUCUCAAAUGUUUGGUACGAGAAGUAAUGCUUAGAAAAUUCUUUGCUGAAAAGUUAUCAUUAUUUUAUUAUCAUAUUCUGCCAACCUAAAGAACAAAUUUUUAAAUUCACAACUUAGUCAUGUUCAUAACAAAACUUUCAAAUAAGCAUAUUUCCAUUUUAAUUAUUGAAAGAAAUAUGGACAUUUUCACUCAAAAAAUAAAACACAGAAAUUUUAGCUCAAUCUUUACUUUUUCACAUGGAAAUAUUUGGGAAAUAUAAGAUUAAGUGAAUAGGGAUACAAGCAAGAUAUAUUUUAACUCCUAGAGAAGGAUUUUGUUUUUAGAUCCCAUUGUUUAUAUCAUAGGCAAAUAGAAUAACUUCAUAGCUUACAGGUACAAAUACUGGCUUUUAGACCUAAACACCGUGAAGAAGCCCAUCAUUACAAUGAGUGGGAAAAACAUCUAAAAUGAGGCAAAUGUGAAAGAUCUGGAAUGUGAAAAAUCUGGAAUGGUUUGAGUAGUGGGUUAGAAAUUAAUCUGCUAAAUGGGAUGUCCUCUGGGUCAUCUCCCUCAGCUUGAUUUCUGCAUUAUUCUUCUCAAGCCCCAAAUCUAAGCAUCCACCCCAUCUUUCUCAGUAAACCAUCUAACCUCCUACUGUACUAUGAAAAUUUUGUCCCUAACCCUUUUCAACUUCUCAUGGAACCUAUAAAUAUGUAUAGAUCAGCAUCUAUUCUCGCCUCAGUCCAGUCCCAGAGACUGUGUCCUUUCCUCCUUUUCAAGGUGUCAAUCCCUUAUAUGUGCUUUUGAUUCCAUAUCCAACAGUCCCAUCUUUUUCAUUAGACAAAGAGGAUAUAAUUUUGAUUAAGGCAUAAACCCUGUCCUCUGGUAAUUUACAUCAAGUAAGCACAUGUCCAUGGCAGCUAGUGAGCUGUAGUUAAGUGCUGUAAUAGUGAGAACUGAGCUGUACAAGUCUUGAAGGGCUGUGGAAAGGUUUUGGCAGAAGUGACACCAAAGCUAAACCCAACAGAACAAGAAGAGUGUGUGUAUGUUGGGGCAGAGGUUUAGGGAAGGUAGUUGUAAUUGAAGCAAUCCCAAAUGAGUCCAGUUGUGGAAAUGCUGAGUAUGAGGUACCUGUAAGACAUGUAACACAUGUUGAGAAAUUAAUUAGAUGGAGGAAACUACACGGUCGAGAUUUUAGGCUAGAGUAUUGAUUUGGAUAUGUGUUGGAUUUUUUUGGAUUUGGAUUAUGUGUUGAUUUUUUUCAACACAUAAAUGAAUGAGAUUACCUGGAGAGAUACAGCAUGAAAAGAGCUGAAGGUAAAUCCUUGCAAGAAUAGACAGAGAGACAAGAAUUCCCAAAAGAGUUUUAGAAGGAUUCACCUUCUCAGUACAGGUAAGAAGAAAGCCAGGACAUGAUGUAUGGCAGCAAAUGAAUGGGAGGGCUUCAAAGGGAUGGUGGUACACAGUGCUAAGUUAAAUGCUCUUACUUCCAUCGAUUUCCCCCCACUCUCCUAUAUCAUCAGCUUCACCUUGAUUUUUCCUGUACCAUAAGCAUCCUUGAAUUCCCCAAUUAAAAACAAACCUACAUUACAUAAUUGCUGACUCUUCUUUUUCAUCAGACUUUUCACAAGAGUCCACUCUUGAUGUCUCCAUUUUCUCAUCUCCCCCAUUCACUCCCCAAAUCACUACAGUGCACCAAACUGCUCUGCGGAGGUCUCUAUCAGCCAAGUCUAACACAUACUAUUUUUCUGGUCUUCUCAGUGGACUGCUCAGCUUCCUGAUAUCUCAUCGAUGAUGGCUUACUUGAAACACUACUUCCUAUUCUUCUGAGGUGCUCUCCUCGUUCUCCAUAUUCUCUCUCAUCUUAUCUGUAGGUGACAGGGCACAGCAGCUAACGGUUUGGGCUAUGGAGCCAGACUUCCCAACUCCUUCACUUACUGUGUGAUGGUGGGUAUGGAGUCUUUCUAGGCCCGUUUCCUCUUCUAUAAAAACAGGGAUAAUAAUGGUACCUUAUCCCUAGCAUUGCUGUAAGGAUUAAAAAUAAUCCACAUAAAAUAUAGCAUUUACUACCUGUCAGUUGACGCUAUUACCUGUCCACUACAUGUUAUGGCCCCUAAGGUUUGGGUUUCGGCUUACUUUCCUUACUAAUCUAUAUGCUCUCCUUAAGUUCUCAUGUCCCUCUCUCAUUGUUUAAAUCACCACCAAUAUAUUCAUGGCUACCAAAUAGGAUCAGACCUAGAUUUUCUCCUGUACUUCAGAAUCAGCUGCCGGUUGGACA